AUGUAUGCAAUGAGAACAGAGUACCUUGGAAAAUAUUCGAACAAUAUUUCAUUAGCUGUUGGUUUUGGUGGUUCUUCUGGAGUUUCUGUUGUUUCAGUUCCUUCUGGAGUUUCUGUUGGAGUUUCUGCAUCUCUUGACUUCAAUGCUCUUGCUCUCAAAGACCUAAAUGUUAGAGCACCGGGUUUUACAAAGGACUUUAUAAAUGCUUUAAUAGUUCCUGGUAA